AUGUCUGGAAUUUACGACACUGCUUCUGGACCAUUCCAAGCCUCCACAAUGUCAGAUAAUAAACAAGAAUUUACACCAUCCCAACAAAGUCAGAAUACAAGCAAUGCACCAGAGGAUCCUUUAAGUCGGAACUCCGAUCAGAACGCUCCUAUUGUGAUACAGCCAUAUGCUGUUGAGGAGCCGGAGGAGGAACCUCCCCCUGUAUCUUCCAAGCCUACUAUUUUGUUUCUUCCAGGGCCCAAUUCCGAGUAUUGGCAAGCCGAGCUGGUGGACUCAAUGGAGGAUCUACAUUGUGAAUCUGACAAUAGUAUCACCAAGCCGAUGUCAAGAUAUAACCGAGGCAAGAAAAGGAAACCGUCCAGCACGGCUCCCGAGUAUUUCCAAGUAUUCCAGAAACAAAGCCCUGGAAUGCCACAAGCUCGACGACGUGAAGAUGGGCCGAAUCUUAAACAAAGAAAGCUACGCAGAAGAACGAAGCAGUCCAACGAGGCUUUGGCCAGUCCGGCAAGCGGCCUUUCGGAUGUCGGACUGAGCGAGUUAGAAUCUUCGGAGAGUUUCUGUUCGAGAUCUCCAUCGCAUGGCGCCAAUUCCAAUCAAGAGACUACUCCAUCGGAGCAGAUGGAUCUAGAUUGA